AUGGUGCAGGUAACAGCAGCCUGCCCUGCAUCCUGUGUGGUGUGCUCCCAAGAUGUCACCCUGUGUUACCAGCUAACCUACAUCGUAGCCGCUCCGGAGACCACCAGGGUUCUAAUCCUCACAGAUGGAUGCCUCUCCUCAGUACAGAGCACCAACCUCACCCUCCUUGCUAACCUGGCCCUGCUCUCUCUGAGCAGAAACUCGAUCUACGGAAUUCAGGAAGGCUCUCUGCACGGCCUCACCAAGCUUCGGACCUUGUCUCUGGGCAACAACCAUAUCCCCAGUUCUUCUCUGUCGGACCACACCUUCAGCAAGCUGCGAAGCCUCCAGGUCCUGGUGCUUAGCAGUAACGCCUUCCGGACCCUGAGAGCAGCCUGGUUCCGGAACACCAAGGCUCUGAACCGACUCCUGCUGGAUGGGAAUCAGAUUACCAACCUCACCGGGAGUUCUUUCAGAGGUGCAAACCUUCACAGGCUCAGGCAUCUGGACUUAUCCAACAAUUUCAUUUCCUUCAUCGAGAAGGAUGCCUUCCAGCCCUUGCCCCAACUGCAGGAAGUGGACCUUUCUAGAAACAUGUUGGCCUACAUGCCGGAUGCCUUUACCCCGCUGAAGCAGCUUAGCCUCCUGAGCUUGGAAGGGAACCAGUGGAGCUGCACCUGUGACCUCUACCCUCUAGCCCGCUUUUUAAGAAACUUUGUGAAGUCUCCGGCUCGCACUCUCCAUAAUACCAAAGAUUUAAACUGUCAGGUGUUCCCCCCAGCUGUGGCCGCUGCAAAGAGCAUGCUGCGGUUAUCUGAGACCAACUGUGACUCCAAGGGGCAUAACCUCACUCUGGCGCUAAAGGACAGGCGUCCCCUCCUCCCAGGGCAGGAUGUGGCCCUGUUGACUGUGCUCGGCUUUGCAGGAGCGGUUGGUCUCACAUGUGCAGGGUUAGUCAUAUUUAACUGGAAACUUCAACAAGGCAGAGCAAAUGCACGCCCAUCCAAAACCCUCUGUUGCAGAACCCUCGAUGAAUCCCUGUGUGCUCAUGAAGCAAGAAAAGGCCAUGCCGUGGGCUACUGUAACUGCCACUUAACUCCAAGAAAUGAGACAGAGGUCAUGUCUGAUGUGGGCUCCAGAAAGGAAGCGCCGCUUAGCCAGGAAAACAGCCAUCAAGCAGUGUGGGCCUCCAAGUCUACAGCCCUGGAUGCAUCGUUCAGAGAGCUGAAAGGGAGAGGCUAUGGGGCAGAAGGGGCUCAGGCUUGCCUGGGUGAUGAACUGCUACAGACAGGAUGCUUGGGGCCCCCCGGGAACAAGAAAGCUCCUUAUGAUGCAGACGUAGUUACAGGGUGUUGUCCAAAGACAGCUGAGAAGCUAAGCAGCCUGGAAAAUGGAGAAAUUCGGUCUCAAAUCCUGCCAUAUCAUGGAGGCAGAAAAAUAGAUACGAGCAGUGACACAUUUAGGAGCAGAUAUGGGACAUCUGCCUCAACCUUGGCAGGAGAGAGUGUUGGGACACAUUUAACAAACAAACCAUGGCAGCCUCCAAUAAGAAGAGGAGACAAUGCUGCACCACCGCCCAGACAGAGCGCUUUCAUCACCAGCUCAUCCUCCAAGCUCUGGGAGCCAAGGGCAGGUGCUGCAGACAGGACCCUCCACAGACAUAGAGUGGGGUAUGACAAACACCAUGGGUCCUUAAAGCAGAGCAGGCCUACACAUGCUCAUCCAAAUACUUCCUUCACCUGCAAGUAUGUGUCCUGGGAUGAAUUUCAAGAUUUCAUGAAAGAGAAGAAGCCAGAUCGCAGAGAGCACACAAAAUCUGAAAAAGAGCAAAUUCAAAUUAACAGAGCAAUAGAAAAAUUCCUCAGGAGCCAGGGAUCCAAAGAAAAAUCAAGGCUGUCAGCAAAAAAUAAGAAGGCAUAUUCUACAAAGAGGGUUAAAUUCCAGCAUCCUGACUCAGUGAGGGCCAACAGGUUGGUGGGCUCAGCAGAAACACCAGUCCCCUGGAGACCUAGAUGUGAAACCCACUGCCCAACUUCCUUGGAUCUCAGAAAAUAUGCCAACCUAGAGAAAGACAAGGAAGGGGGAGAAAGGAUUCCAGAGGAACAGGCUCUGAAAAAGAGGAGAUCCAAGCCAUGUCCUCCGAGUGAAAAAACAAAGAGACAGAAUUUAAGGAUAAAGUUAGAUCUGCACCCCUUUGGAAAAACUAGGGUCCACCCUGAGGAAUCCCCACAGAAGAAAAUGCAAACAAAACCUCUGUCCUUGGUCAGUUCUCAACCGCCAGAGAGAAGCAGCCAUGCUAAACCCACAUGUUCAAAGGAACCACUGGCAAGCACCCAAGAGCAGACCCCUUAUCGCGAACCAAGUGGCACCCUCAGAGCUGAAAGCUUGUCUGUAGGCGAUCGAGGGGGCUCUGGGCAGGGCAGCAGCUACCCAGUGGGCCGCACUGCUGAUGGAAGCUCAUCAGCACUGCCUCAGCCUACAGUCAAGGCCGCUGAGCAUGGGUGCUCACACCCUCUUUGCUCACCUGAGCUAAUAGUAAAUGCUACUGGUCCACAAAUAGAAGUUCUGGGUCCCUCCCCAGCCUGCCUGGGAAACGGAGAGAGUAGAGUUUUACCAUCUCAACACUCCAGGGGCAUUUCUGACCCCUUAGCAAUGGUGUCCACUCAAUACAUGGACCAGGAUAAAUUAAAGACCAAUGAGUUAAACCAGUUUGCUUUGUCCCUUGGUGACCAGGUAACUGACACCGUCAGCAAAGAUCACAGUUUAGAUGAAAAUCAAGCUUUACCACAGGAAGAGCAAAAACCAGGCCACAAACAGAUUCGAAGUGAGGAAAAACCAUUAAUGAAUAAAUUCAAGCCAUCACCUGAAAGUGUGGGAAAUUGUAUUACAGGUGAGGAAAGAAUGGAAGCAGGAGACAAAAUUGCCCGCACAGAGGAUGGUGGCUCCUCCCCCGUUGCCUGGACGCAACCACACAGCGACCUGCCAUUCGUGGCGCCACAUGGUACUCUACACCAACUAGGCAGUAGCGGAAGUGCGUCACGAGGAGAUAACCGUGGGGAUCCCCCAGGGACACAGGCAGAGGUGAAAAAGCAGAAACAGACAUUUGAUGAGAGGAAAACAAAUUCUAGUGCAGUAAGUUGGAUGAUAGUUUCCACUAAAGACCUGAGUGAGGCAGACCCUCAAACUCACAACCACAGGUCUCAUUGCAGAGACUCUGGAGAGAACAAGCAGCCAGAGAUGGCAGUGAACACAGGGAAGCUGCCAGGACAGUUGGGGAUGCCGGGAGCUCCCCCCUCCUUCACAGGAGGUGAAUGUCAUCCGUUCUGA